GCCAAAUGUGAUAAACCCAUUUUUAAACAUGUUUACAAACAACAGCUGCGAAUGAACAAGGCUGAAAAAAAUGUUUUUUGAUUCCUUAAAAACUGGAUUGUUUUAUUCAUCAAAAUUUAAAAAGGAAUAAAUUAGAAAAUGACCGACUCCGAUUCCGACAGCGUGUCCCGCUUUACCGAUCUGUACAAGAACAAGUCCCGCAAAGAGGAGCAACAAUGCGAGCGUCGUCGAACCCUGCUGGAAGAGCAGAAACUUUACCGCCAAUCCGAGCUCGACGCCGGUCGCCCCGGCCUGUUGGAACUCAUCGAAGCCGAACAGAGCACCGACUCUGACUGUUCCGAUGCGGUUCACCGGCGAAGUCGGCCCAAGAUUUGGUACAGCAAACUGUAUCGGGAUAAGGUUCAACUCUCCGAAUGGAUGUACGAACGACCGGAAGAUCUGGACAACUGGUUCAUGGUUCCGUGUCCCUCCGGAACGCGCUGCCUUGUCGUCAUCCGCAAGGGACUGGCCGUGGCCUACGACAAAGAGGGACGAUCGAUUACGAGGUUCGCGACAGGACUUGGCAAACGCCAACGCGUAACCGUGCUGGACUGCUUCCUGGUCAAGGAGAACCGAACGUUUUACGCGAUUGACAUGCUCGUGUACAACGAAAUGGACCUGGUCCACUGCGACUGCCAGUUUCGGUUCCUCUGGUUGCGCUCCAAAAUGGAAGAGGACGAUCUGCAGAAAAAGUUCUGCACACUCAAACAAGCCUGCUGGCAAUUACAGCUUCUCCAGGCGUACGACUUCAAAAAUCCCGCCCAAAUCGUCGACUGCCUGUCCCGAUUUCCAGCCUUCCCCGAUCCGGCCACCAAACUCGACGGUCUUCUCUUCUACCACAAGGAAUCAAACUACAUCUAUGGACGAACGCCCCUCGUCACGUGGCUCUUCCCCUUCAUGGUUCCGGACGUGCUCGGUGAAGAGUGGCGCCAAUCGCUCAACAGUCGCUAUUUGGGCAACGUUCCGGAGGGUUAUGGCCCGCAAGGACCCCGCGCGUACAUGGACGACUUCGACGCGAAGCUGGCAAAACGACGCGCCAAGCGGAACAACAACCGGCUGACCGGAAUGGACGAGGAUGGCGAGGAGUAUUGUAGCAGCAGCGGUGGAACCGGGCAGGAGUUGGACGGAAGCUACGAGGACGAAAACUGGCAGCAAAAAGAACUGGACGAAAUGCGGCGGUUGGAAAUGGAAGGAUAAGUGAUUAUUCGAUUGGAUUGUUUACUGAUAUGAAUAAAAUUCAUAUUUUGUGGUAAAGUUGAUGACAAAAAAA